GAGACAGAUAGUUUCGAACUGUCAGAAGCCACCUUUGAUAUUCAGGGCCAGCCGCAGUGUCGGUUGUGACGCGUGCGCAGUGAUAUUAUCUUGUGGGGCUUGAGAAGGCUGGUCGGUUCAGACAAGAGAGUUUGCUGUUGGAGACACAGACGCACAGAGUAGGGCGAGGGUGUGUGAAAGAUAUUAUAGUGCUGCAAAUAAGUAUUAAGCACCGUUGUCCCGUCCACAGAAGGUUGAGGAUGCCGGAAACAGAGGUUGCGAACAAGAUGCUGCGUGCGGUGCUGCAGUCCAACAAAAACGGGGUGUCCCUGUUGCGGCUGCAGUCAGAGUACAAGUCCCUCACUGGGGAGUUCAUCCCGCACAAGCAGCUGGGAUACCCAACGCUGGAGGCUUAUCUCCGCAGUAUCCCUGCCGUGGUCAAGCUGGAGAUCACCAGAGCUGGUGAAGUGGUGUGCUUCGCAACGGUUUGUCAUGAAACGGUCCACAUUGCACAACUAGUGGCUCGUCAAAGAACCUCAAAGAAGAAAAGUGGUAGAUCCUUGUUGGUUAAUUGCCAGAUGAGGGUGAAGCGGGCCACUCCUUUUAUGCCAAAUGUAAAACCCAAGACGUCAUUAAGACAGCCCGAAAACCUGGACCAUGAUAUGAGGCGGCAAACUCCAAUGACCACAGGAAACAGAGGAAGGUAUGGAGCGUUUGGGCCAGCUCUAGGGAGAGAACAGACUGAUACAAAAAUAACCCCCUCGUCUCAAGGCAGAACCCCUAAUGUGCUAUUUCAUAAACCCCUUGCCAUGGGAGACAGAUCAGACAAGAGACUGAUUCUCCAUCCUAGAUUUCAAAGGGAGGUCCAGGUUCACCUUUCCAGAAACCCCCAGCAGUCAAAUGUCUACACUUCAGUUAACUUGACUGAAAGACGUAGUCCUGUGAGCCCCAGCACUCCUCCACCCAGCAUCUAUGAUGUUCAGUUGGUACAGACUCAUCUGAAAGAGAUUCUGAGAAAAUUCAGCAAUGGGAUUUGGGUUUCCAAGCUUCCACAACUUUACAGGAAGUUGUACAGUCAGGAGCUGCCUACUGAUGCAAUGAAAGAACUGGAACACUGGACCCAGAUUUGUACAGUGGAAAAGCUCUGUAGUAGUGGUUUUUCGGAGCUGCUUCUAUACCCAGCCAAGACCAGCGCACAAACCAAAGCAGCGUUGAGCCAAGACAGAACAUCGCCUGUUUUUGAGAAGCCUGCUUCUCCCACACAUAUGCUGCCUCCAGUAGCCAGCAAACCAAGAGUGCCUCCUGAAGUUAAACUAAAGGUGGCUGAGCUACUUGUAAAAUACAGCAGUGGCCUUUGGGCCAGUGCACUACCUAAACUGUUUCAGGAUGCUUACAAACUGAAGUUCCCAGAGUUUAUUCUAGAUGACCUGUCUCUGCUGAGUGAUGUUUGCACAGCAGAUUACCCUAUGCCGGACAACACCAAAAAGGCCAUCCUUUAUGCCAAGGUGACUGAGGAUGAGAACCACAAUAAGGUGGAACUCAAGGUCACUAAAGCUGCAGUUCAGAGACUCUGCAAUUUGACUGUGCCACCACUGGUCAUCCCAAAGGAAGAAUAUCCAUCUGUGCUGGUAAUGGAAUCCAGCAAUACCAAUGAAGUCAUACUCAGGUACAUUGGGGAGGGUUACUCACAAUCUCAAGAAUCACUUGAGGAUGUGAUGAGAGAAUUUUACAGCCAGCAUAAUGAAAAAAUGGUCCUGCACACUCUGGCUCUUGGGCAGCUGGUAGCAGCUCAAGCAGAAGAGGAGGAUGAAUUUUUACGAGCCAAGAUUUGUGAAGUAACGGGAGACAGGGUGAAGGUCUACUACGUGGAUCACGGGUUUUUUGAGGUUAUUGGCAAAAGCAAACUCCGUGCACUAGAUAACCAGUUUUAUAUGCUGCCCUUUCAAGCUUCAAAAUGCAAAUUGGCAGGGCUUGAACCAUUCAGUGAGGAGCCUGCAGUAAUGAAAGUCUUUGAGUCCCUAGCCUGUGGAAAGAUAUUAUUGGCUGAAAUUUUAGAGAGACAUGAGGUGCCUCUUGUUGUCCUGUAUGACACGUCCCAAGAUGAUGAUGUCAACAUUAAUGCGGCCUGCAUGAAGGCUUUGCAGGACAAAACUCUGGAAAACAGUCUGAAGAUCAAUAGUGUAUAUACAAACGUCAGUGUGACAAAUGUUUGUUCGGAUGGAACCAUAUACUGCCAGUUGCUUUCAAGUGGUCAGGCAAGACUGAAUGAAAUCUUGGACAAAACAGAAAGCUACUUCCAUUCCCGGGUUACCUCCGAAUUUUUGGUCUCUCAGCCAUUUUGUGGCAAAUGUUGCGUGGCUCGCUAUAAAGGAAAAUGGUCUCGGGUGGAGAUUACAAACCUGCAUGGCAGUCGAGUGGUGGACAUCCUGUUCAUUGACAUCGGUGUACCAGCAUCUGUGGAGGUGGUAGAACUCCGAGAGAUCCCUCCUCCAUACCUUCAGGAGCUGCUCUCUAUUCCACCACAGUCAAUAAAGUGCUGCCUGGCAGAUCUCCCAGUCAGUAUUGGUUCAUGGACCCCGGAUGCAGUGCUCUGGUUGAGAGGUGCGGUGUUGAACUGUAGUGAUUGCAGCAUGAAGAUAGUCAAAUGGGAUGAAGCCAAGAGACAGGUGCACAUUUACCUGUUUACGUCCAAGAAUUUCUAUGACCAUGAACGCAGCAUUAAUUUCCAGAUUACUGACUCUGACUUGUGGAAGCACCAGAAAGAUGUCUUCUUGAGCAGCAGCUCUAUGAGUCCGAAGAAAGAAAGCAGCCCAAUCUCUCAGUCGAAGACAGCAGUGCCUGAAGCUGUCGAUUGCCAAAUUGCCGAAAUUUCCCAGCUUCCCACGCUACUGGCUUUACCAAAGCCAGGUCAGAACAUGGAUAUUUAUGUUUCAGUUGCUUGCCAUCCUGGAUAUUUCGUCUUGCAGCCCUGGCAGGAUCUGUAUAAACUGGAGGUUCUGAUGGGAGAAAUGAUCCUGUAUUACAAUAAAAUAGAAGAAAAGCCCAUUCACAUUGAAAAGAAUCAAAUAUAUGCUGCCAAAGUGGAAAACAACUGGCAUCGUGUACUUGUGAAAGGAAAACUAAUUAAUGGUCUGGUAUCUGUAUAUGAGCUGGACUAUGGCAGACAUGAAUUGGUGAACUGUAUGAAGGUACAGCCACUGAUUCAAGAGUUCAGGCAGUUGCCUUUCCAGGGAGUUACAGCUCAACUUGCUGGAGUGAAACAGAAGCAGUGGUCCGAAGAGGCCUCAAUAGUCUUCCGUAACCAUGUGGAGAAGAAGCCACUUGUGGCACAACUGGAUACUGUGCAUGAAAGCUCACACCCCUGGGAGAGGAAAGUGGUGGUAUAUUUGGUGGACACUUCACAUGAAGAAGCUGACAUUUGGAUUCAUGACAUAAUGUAUGAGUUUAUUGAGGAACUUUCCAAAGCCGCAUAAUACUGUGCAACAGUUGGUGCUGGUAUGAUGUGAACUGGAGUAUUUGAACACUUAAGUUUGUUAAAUUUAUCUAGCACGUGUGUUAAAGAAAUACAUUUGUUUAGCCCAGAAAUAUACUUUGUUUUGGAGCACUGCUGUUGAAAUGUUUAAAAAUAGAUACUAAAAUAAUAACUCAGAAGUUCAAAGACAGCAGAUGCUGGAAAUGGGUGGUAAUUCACGUUAUAAAUAUGGGAAUUUUAAAUGGUUCGUGAAUUAUUUGUAUGGUGUGUAAUUAUCAAUCCAUUGCAUACAUACAAUCCAAUUUUUAGACACUAGUUUACUAAUUGACUUCUAUAAAGCAUUUAACUGAUUGUCAUAAGCAAUACAAAUCUUUACAAGGUUGAGUAUUUAAAAAAAGUGUAAGAUUGAAAAGCACUGUUUUUUGUUUUGUUUACACAGUAUUGUUUACUUAAGUUGGAUGCACUGUUAAACGCUCUAAUUAUAAAUACA